AUGAUUCUUUGUAGAGGAUUGUCAUUCUGCCCCACCCCAAGAAAAACAGACAAAAUAGAAUUACAACGAGACUUACUACUUUUCGACAGAAGAAUGAGACUUAAACACUAUUUUACAGAUACCACAUAUAACAAUCCUGACCCGUUCACACAAAGCUCAGGAUGGAAACCACCUGCAGGCAAAUCAAUGAACCUCGAUGCAUUUCUGUCAAUCGUCCAUCAUGACAUUCUUACAAUUAAACAGUCACCGAAUACAAAUUAUAAUAUUACACCCGAUGAGUACCUAGCAAUAACAAAACUUCAACAAAAUAAGGAUAUCAUUAUAAAACAAGCCGACAAAGGAGGAGCGAUAGUCAUUUUAAAUAAAUCUGAUUACAUUGUCGAAGGUUUAAGACAACUCAACGACAAAAUCACAUACAGGACCACACCCUACGAUCUUACAAACAAAUCCACCAGAGAGAUCAACAAUUUUUUAACAUAUCUGAAGAAACACUCCCUUAUGUCACAGCAACACAUCAGCUACCUUACUGCGAAAAAUUGCAGGACACCCAUCUUCUAUUUAUUACCUAAAAUUCAUAAGCCUAAUAACCCCGGACGCCCCAUCGUCUCAGCUUGUGGAAGUCCUACAGAAAAAUUAUCUGAAUUUGUAGAUCACUUUUUACAACCAUUAGCACGUAAAGUCCCCUCAUAUAUUAAAGAUACCCGUCAUUUCCUAGAAAAAAUACACAAAUUAAACAACGUACCUAAAGACGCAUUCUUAGUCACAAUAGAUGUGACAGCACUUUACACUAAUAUUCCACACAAAGAAGGCAUUUUAGCAGCCAAAUAUGCACUACAACAAAGAUCUGAACAAGAACCCAAAACCUGGAUCCUUCUAAGAAUACUUUACUUCAUACUCAAGAAAACAUGUUUCAGAUUCAAUGAUACAUUUUAUGAACAAAUUGCCGGAACCACGAUGGGUACCAAAUGCGCACCUAGCUAUGCGAUAAUUUUUAUGGAUAAGAUAGAACAAGAGUUCCUAGCUAAAUACCCGAUAUCUCCACUGGUAUGGUGGAGAUAUAUCGACGAUAUAUUUAUGGUUUGGCCACACUCGAGAGAGGAUUUGAAUGCCUUCACUACGGCCUUAAAUAGUUUCCACACAACGGUCAAGUUUACGGUAGACAUAAACCAAACAUCAGCAAACUUCUUGGAUGUUACUGUCAAAGACUUAAAAGGAAAAUUAUCAACCACACUAUACACAAAACCAACGGAUGCACAUAUGUAUUUACACUAUAGCUCAUUCCAUCCACGUCACCAAAAAGCAAGUAUCCCAUAUAGCCAAGCCGUCAGAAUAAGGAGAAUAUGCAGCACUGACGAACAAUUUGAAAUAUGCACAAAACAACUUACGGAAAACCUUAUUGCACGCGGUUAUCCCAGAAAAUUAAUAUACGAAGCCAUCAAAAAAGCCAAAAUUACCGAUCUUGAUACCAAUGUCGAUACUAAAGCACAAAAGGAAAUUAUACCGCUUAUAAUUACUCAUAACCCGCUUAUUCUAAGAACAAAUAAUAUCAUCUCUAAAUACACCCACCUCCUGGAAAACGACCCCACUUUAACAAUGUUUAAUAAAUACAAAAUAUGUACAGUAUUUCGAAAACCAGCAUGCCUAAGAAACACACUCACAAAAUCAGACAUCAAUCCCCAGAUGAAACCACAAGGAUCACACCCAUGUAAAAGAAAUUGUAUCGCAUGCAAACAUAUCAGCAGUAAAUCUUAUGUUAAAAUUCAUUCAACAGGAAAAUACUUUCAUAUCAAAGGCACAUAUGAUUGUAAUUCAUCCAGUUUAAUCUAUUUAAUAACAUGCAACAAAUGUGGAAUACAAUAUGUAGGACAAACCGGCAAUACUAUAAGAGAACGUCUAUAUGGCCAUUUCGCAGACAUAAAAAAUGCCAACAAUUAUAAACCCGUUUCCCGCCAUUACACAACACACGAACACAACGUUAAUGACGUCGACGUAACUAUGUUAUUAUCAACACCUAAGAACGUCAACAUCCGCCUCAGAACUGAAGAAACACUUAUAUCAAUAUUUAAAACACGAUCACCAUCCGGACUCAACUUAAUACAGUAA